AUGGAUGUCGUCGCGGCCGUCUCGGGCUACAUCUCCAAGAUGGUGACGGCCGGCGAGUCGGCCUCGGGGUCUUCAUCCACCAAGAUGAAGAUCUUGCUCCUCGAUAGUGAGACAGUACCGAUCGUCUCCACUGCCAUCACCCAAUCUGCCCUCCUGAACCAUGAAGUUUACCUUAUUGACCGUCUCGACAAUGCCGCGCGCGAGAAGAUGCGCCAUCUGCGCUGCCUGUGCUUCGUGCGACCAUCCCCGACCUCCAUCCAGCUUCUUAUCGACGAGCUCCGAGAACCCAAGUACGGCGAAUAUUAUAUCUAUUUGAGCAACAUCAUCCGCAAAUCAUCCCUCGAGCGGUUGGCCGAGGCAGACAGCCACGAAGUCGUCCAUUGCGUGCAGGAGCAAUUUGCCGACUUCCUUGUGAUCAACCCAGAUCUGUGUACGCUGAAUCUGGGCUUUCCACUCUCGCGGCUAUGGGCUCAGUCCCCCGACUUGUGGAAUCCCGAUUCGCUGCAGCGAGCUACUGAGGGCGUCUUGGCUUUAUUACUUUCGUUGAAGAAGAAUCCAUUGAUCCGAUACGAGAAGAAUAGUCUUUUGGCCCGGAAACUUGCGACUGAGGUUCGAUACCACCUGACACAGGAGGAGCAGCUGUUUAAUUUCCGCCGGACGGACACGCCGCCUAUCCUCCUUAUCCUGGACCGCCGCGACGACCCUAUCACUCCGCUACUCACACAAUGGACAUAUCAAGCUAUGGUGCAUGAAAUGCUUGGGAUCAAUAAUGGACGCGUGGACUUGCACGAUGUGCCGGAGAUCCGCCCGGAACUUCGAGAGAUUGUUCUUGCUCAAGAUCAAGACCCAUUCUUCAAAAAAAACAUGUAUCAAAACUUUGGCGACCUGGGCCAGAACAUUAAAGAAUAUGUCGAACAGUAUCAGAACAAGACUCAAAGCAACAUGAACAUUGAGUCGAUCGCCGAUAUGAAGCGAUUUGUGGAGGAUUACCCAGAAUUCCGCAAGUUAUCAGGAAAUGUGAGCAAACAUGUCACCCUGGUAGGUGAAUUGAGUCGACGUGUUGGCGAGGACAAUCUUCUCGAUGUAAGCGAGCUGGAGCAAAGCCUGGCAUGUAAUGAUAAUCAUUCCAAUGAUCUUAAGUCGCUGCAACGGAUCAUCCCGAUGCAAAAUGUCCCCGCAGAGAACAAGAUCCGCGUCGUGGCUCUUUACGCGAUUCGCUACGAGAAACACCCAAACAAUGCCUUGCCAGUGCUGCUGGAUCUACUCACCACCGCUGGCAACGUUCCCUCCAAUAAGGUGAACAUAAUCCCUAAGAUUCUCGCUUACCACCAUUCCUUGCAAGCUCCGCCAGUUGCUGGUGGGUUCACCGAUUUAUUCGAGUCCACCUCAUUUUUCUCCGGCGCGCGAGACCGAUUUAAGGGACUCAAGGGCGUCGAGAACGUCUAUACCCAACACUCGCCCCGUCUCGAGGUGACCCUACAGAACUUGAUCAAGGGCCGCCUGAAGGAACUGCAAUAUCCGUUCCUGGAAGGUAGUGGGCAUACUCGCGAUAAGCCGCAGGAUAUCAUCGUUUUCAUGGUUGGGGGUACCACCUAUGAAGAGGCGAAGAUGGUUGCGCAGGUUAAUGCUAGCUCCCCCGGAAUAAGAGUUGUCCUGGGCGGCACCACUCUUCACAAUAGUACAACAUUCCUGGAAGAAGUUGAUGAUGCCGUCAGCAGCUGGCCAGAGCCUGGACCUUCGACAGCUGCUGGACGGCUACGACGCGAGGUUGGUCGGUAA